CUUUGAAAAACUAACCUGCUCCUUCGAAGACGCUCAUGUUACACGCUCUCUGUAUGCGCCCCUUGCUAUAGGAAUUCUAGGAUACGUCCGCGUGCCGAUCUUCUAGGAGUUCUCAUGCGCCGCUGAGGCUUCGAAGGGCCCGACUGUCAAGAUAUGCACUCAAUAUUGGAUAUGUCAAUUUCUAACAAAAAGGCUAGACUCCCCUGCAAUUCUCUGAAUAUCGCAGGAUUUCCGCGAGGCAGGACCGUCCUCCGCCGAUUCUCGCGUGGCCUGGAUGUGCGGAUGAUGUAUCAUAACUGGCGCUUCGACGGCGCGUCUUUCACUCUAGCUAAUCUUCCGAUGAAAAGACCUUACGCCGGACGGCACUACUCCUUGAACCCAGCUGCGCUCAAACAGCGAAUACAUGUGCGCUCGUAUGCGUCGCUUAUCCUCUGCCUGUUCAGACCGCAAGAGAAAACAUCGUCUUUCUUUUUUCUGCGCGUCGACCGCGCCACCUACGUUCUGCGAAGCUUACAAGCGCCCAUCUUCUACCCCCUGCGUGAAAUCGGCCACUUGAAGAGAAUCUAUACGAUCAUCCGAUUCGAAGUCAAUGUCGCUCCCGCCGGUGUGUAUGUUGCUUGUUGAUCAGGCGCUAUGUCGGUGUGAUCGUUACAGCACAGGAAAUGUCACCUUCCUCGUGCGAUGGCAGGUU